AUGGCAAAAAUGGGUUUUCCUUCUUACAUAUUAAUACUAACGUUUUCUUUGUUUUCUCAAGGUAUUUUAUUUUCAGCAUCCAAGUCAAUAAGAAAUUUAGAAGAUGACAUGGUAUUUAAUACAUUCAGGCUGGGGAAAGCCUUUCAAAAGGAAGAUAAUGCAGAAAAAUCAGUUGUUGCUCCUUCCCUGGAACAAUAUAAAAAUGAUGAGAGCAGUUUUGUAAACGACGACGAAAACAAAAUUUCAAAGAACGCAGGCUCCAAACAUAAUUUCUUAAAUCAUGGUCUGCCACUGAAUCUGGCUAUAAAACCUUAUCUUACAUUAAAAGGAUCUGUAGCUUUUCCAGCUGAGAAUGGAGUUCGGAAUACUGAAUCAACACAAGAAAAGAGAGAGAUUGGAGAUGAAGAAAACUCGGCUAAAUUUCCUAUUGGAAGGAGAGAUUUUGACAUGCUCAGGUGUAUGCUGGGAAGAGUCUACCGACCUUGUUGGCAAGUCUGA